CUUAAAUGUUAAUAAAAUAUUUAAACACUUUAAAUGUAAUUAAAACACAGAUUUUACGACAAAAUAUUCACAAACUUUCCACGAUGAAGUUUUUGACACAGGAAGAAGCUAUUAAUGUAGACUUAGAGCUGUUCAAUGAAUAUAAGUUUUCGGUGGAUCAGUUGAUGGAAUUAGCUGGAUUGUCAUGUGCACAUGCUGUUGCUAAGGAAUUUCCAAUUAAAAGUGAUGAGGAUAAACGGGAAGCACUGAUUAUAGCUGGUCCUGGAAAUAAUGGCGGAGAUGGAUUAGUUCUAGCCAGGCACUUAUCGCUCAUGAAUUUCAAGCCAUCAGUCUAUUACCCAAAGCGUGUCGAUAAGCCAUUAUUCAAUAAUCUAGUAAAGCAAUGUGAAUUAAUGGACAUCCCGUUCCUUGAUUCCUGUCCAGAUGUUGAAUCUUCCUCAAAAUACAGAUUCAUUGCUGAUGGCUUAUUCGGUUUUAGCUUCAAGCCACCAGUUCGAGAUGCUUUUAAGGAUGUAAUGAACUUGAUGUGCCAUACUAAGACUCAUGUGUGCUGUAUUGAUAUUCCAAGUGGCUGGGAUGUAGAAAAAGGAGCUAGAGAAGGAGAUGCGAUUAAGCCUUACAUGCUAAUAUCCUUAACUGCUCCAAAACUCUGUGCUAAGCAUUUUAAUGGUGCUCAUUAUUUGGGAGGCCGUUUUGUACCACCACGUCUAUCUCAAAAAUAUCAAAUGGACUUGCCUGAAUAUCCUGGAACCGAACUUUGUAUAAAACUCAACUAAAACAUACUGCAUUUUAAUAAAUUACAUAGAAAUUCA